AUGACCAAACCAACUGUUAGAGAAUGGCUCGAAAAACGUUUAGAAUCAAGAAGGGUACAUUGGAUAAUAUUGGGAUUAAUUGGAGUGGAUUUUUCAUGUAUAAUGACAAUAAUAUUAUUAGAAUUUUUGGCUCCAGAUAAAUAUGAUACAGAUAAUGAAUUAAUUGAAGGAUUGGAGGUGUUGGCAUUUUUUGUUAAUAUAAUGUUUUUACUUGAAAUAACAUUACAUGCGUUCGUAUAUGGAUUUAAAACGUAUUUUUUCAAGAACAAUCAUUGGUUAAUUCAUAUAUUUGAUGCAACUAUAGUAUUGGCUACGUUUUUAUUAGAGAUAUUCUUAAAGGGUAAACAAAGAGAAGUUGCAGGAUUAUUGGUUUUAUUUAGAUUGUGGAGAGUGAUAAAGGUGAUGAGUGUAGUUGCAGUUAGUGUAGAAGAAUACGAUAAACAUCAUAUUGAAGAAUUGGAGUUAAAAAUUAGUGAACUGGAAGAAGAGUUGAGAAGAUUAUUUUUGGAGGUAGAUGAUAUUUCUAAAGAAGACGGGUGGGAUGAUAAAAAACGGGCAAGAAUUUUCAAAGGAAGGUUUAUACUUAAUUCUGACUUGGAAAUUUUAAUCCCAACUGGUUCGAUAGAUAACCCAUAA